AUGUCCACUGAAGAGCUACAUGCGACUUCACAGAGCCGGGAUCAUCUUGCAACGGAUACAGAUAUCCAUAGCGUACAUUCAAGGCGCGAGACACAGCAUCCAGUUGCCUUAGCCGAGGCACUAAAAGCUGUACAUCGCAUCCCAGAUACCCCAUCAGAUAGUAACAGCGAUUCGGGCAUUGAAGCUACGGACACACAUCCACAAUCAGUGUUAUUACGACGCAAACCAGAAUCUGAUUCCUAUGAUAAUUCAGCCUCGGAAACUCCUGAAAUCUUACACUUAGAGAGCCCAGGACUAAAGGACAAGUCGAGUUCUGAACAGCUUCUUCAUGGCUUACCUAAAUAUACUUCUACAAGCAAGGGGAAGAAAGCCUACGUGGUAGCCAGCGACGAUGCGGAACUUCGUGAGAUAUUAAGACGGGGUUUAGAAAGAUUACAGGAGAAAGAAAAGGAAUUGCCGGGACGACGCGAAAAGCUACGAGAUAUGGUCUUCACGAGGCAAUUCUCGGCCUUCGACAGGCAAAAUCAGGAUGCAGCAAACAGCCCGUUUCAUGGCUUUUAUGUUCUCUUCUGGAUUUCAGUAUUUUUCUUGAUAGUGAAGAUGGCUGCUGAUAACUGGAGGAAGACCGGGAACCCCCUCGGUACCAAUGAGAUUAUGAAGGCCAUGUUUAAAAGAGAUGUUAUCGUACUUUUAUUCUCCGACGGCAUCAUGUGUGCUCUGACGGGAGUGAGCUGGGUAAUCCAACGCCUAGUCUUCCUCGACUAUAUUGAUUGGAAAAGGUCUGGUUGGAUAUUGCAAAACAUCUGGCAAACCCUGUUUAUCGCGAGUGCGGUUGGCCUGACUCUUGUGAGAGAUUGGCCUUGGACACAUACCGUAUUCUUUGUUCUUCAUGGUCUUGUCAUGUUGAUGAAACAACAUUCAUAUGCGUUCUAUAAUGGUCACCUUUCAUCCCUUUACAAGAAACGACAGAGUCUACUCCUUAAAUUGAAACAGCUGGAGAAUAUAUCACCCGUGACAUCGCCUUCGCAAACGAGGCCAAGAGUUUCAGCUCUCUCUACAUCGCAUCUCGCUCAUCCACCAUCGGCGGAUGAGUACCGUGAGAGGCGGGUUUCGUUAUCAAAGACUGGAUCUACUGACCAGAAUAAUAUGGAGAGCAUCUCCUGCGCUAUUGAAGCGGCAGAGCCGCUCGACAUAGAGCAGAUUCAUGUGUUCGAAAGACUCAUUAAGUGGGAAGUUGACGCUCUCGCAGACGAACUCAGGGGCAAAGCGAAGCAUCCUACACAUUAUUAUCCAAAUAACCUUACCUUCUUAAACCACUACGAAUAUAUCGUAUUACCCACUGUCGUUUACGAAUUGCAGUACCCCAGGUCCGAGAGGAUCAACUGGUAUUACGUGGCUGAAAAAACUUGUGCUCUUUUCGGUGUCAUAUUCGUCAUGAUCAUGAUUUCUCAAGCGUUUAUUUAUCCUGUUGUAAUGAGAACGAUCCAUAUGAAGGAAAUUGGCUUGACAACUACGCAAAGAUUCCGCGAAUUUCCAUGGAUACUGAGCGACCUUGCCUUUCCCUUCAUGAUGGAGUAUAUGUUAGCUUGGUAUCUCAUCUGGGAGACGGUUCUUAACAUCCUUGCAGAACUCACGUUUUUUGCGGACCGAAGCUUCUACGAUACAUGGUGGAACAGUGUCUCAUGGGAUCAGUAUGCUCGCGACUGGAACCGACCGGUCCACAACUUUCUCUUGCGACACGUGUAUCACAGCUCGAUAUCAUCUAUGCGUGUAAAUAAACACACUGCGACGCUCAUUACCUUCUUCCUCUCGGCUUGCGUUCACGAGCUCGUCAUGUGGUGUAUCUUCAAGAAACUACGCGGGUACCUGCUCAUCCUCCAGAUGUCCCAGCUCCCGCUUGUGCGGCUCAGCCGGACAAAGUGGCUUCGCGGCCAGCCAACAGUUGGAAAUAUCAUAUUCUGGGUUGGUAUUUUUACAGGACCGAGUUUGCUAUGUAGUUUGUAUCUGAUUCUUUGA